AUUUUUAAGUUUGGCUAAAGUGCUAAACACUCUCCACGAAGCAACUUCUACACCAUCUAACCUAAUUCAUUAUAUGUGGGACCCCACCUCCUCCUUUAUCAAUAAUUCAUCGGUGGCGUCAACUUGGACCCCACCUUGACCUAUAGACCGUCAAUUAUGGUCCAUUAGGACACGAAGACCCCGCCUAUAAGUAAAUUCUCAGAGAGCCCAUGUCUAAACGUAGCUUUUCCAACUCCUAUUUCAUUUAAUUUUCCAGGCGAAAAUGAAAUUUUCUCUUGUCGCCGUGGCAGUGACGUUGGCGGUGGUGCUGCUGGUUGCAAGCGAGUCACAGAGGGCGGAGGCAGUGACAUGCAACCCCACCGAGUUGAGCCCUUGCCUAUCUGCAAUCACGUCGGGUUCGCCGCCAUCCGACGCUUGCUGCGGCAAGUUGAGGGAGCAGAAGCCCUGCCUUUGUGGGUACCUCAAGAACCCUAAUCUGAAGCCGUUCGUCAACUCUCCAAAUGCUAGGAAGGUCGCUAACACCUGCGGCGUUCCCUACCCUCAGUGUUAGCGCUGCAUGCGCGGCGGCGCAGUCAUAAAUAGCCUUGCCGUACCGUCAAUUCGUAUCAUGAAUAAGGAGAUCUACAUAUCCAGUAUGGAUGAAGAAAUAAUAAAUGAAGUUAAUGAUGUUUCAACCUCUGCGUUGGACCUAUGCCAAAUUCUUCUUCAAUUCGGUACUAGUAUUUGUUUAUAAGAUUAUGUAAUGAAUAAGACUUGUUUAGAAGUUAUGGUCUCUUCUGUUUCUAUUUAAAAUAAUACUAGAGUUUGUAUUGCAAAAUUUAUUGUUAUUGCAACCGGUAAUUUAUAAACUAUAUAUGACAUA